AUGUUUUGGUUUAUUGUUUUACUAUUUUCUAUGCUAGUGGUUGCCUAUGAUGAUGAUCCUGCACAGCAAAUCGAGGUGUUUAGAGAGAAGACGAAGGGACCAAUUGGUGUUAUGACCACCAGUAAUGGAGUACCGGUUCCUUUACGUGAAACUACCAGUACACUCAACACAAGGUUACUCUUCAAUGAAUACUUAUUGGAUUCGAUCACACACAUUUUUCGUGAACGAAUACCAGAGAGGGUCGUUCAUGCAAAAGGUGCGGCCGCUUUUGGAUACUUUGAGGUCACCCAUGACAUAACGCACAUCACCAAGGCUAAGGUCUUCAGUGAACUGGGAAAGAAGACACCAAUAGCAACCAGGUUUUCGCCCAUAAACCCCGAAAGAGGGGGAAACGAUCUGAUGCGAGAUGCUAGAGGCUUCGCGGUGAGAUUUUACACAGAGGACGGUAAUUUCGACAUGCUAGGCUUCAACACUGAAAUGUUCUCCAUCAAAGAUCCUAUAGAUUUCACCAUGUUCACCCAUACUCAGAAACGGAACCCGGCCACUAACUUAUUUGAUGAGAAUAUGCUAUGGGAUUUCGUUACGCUUCGACCGGAAAGCUUGCACAUUUUCUUGAGGGUAUUCGGAGACAGAGGCAUCCCAGAUGGCUAUAGAUACAUGCCUGGGUUCUCCAUACACACUUACCAGUUUGUGAAUGGAAACGGCGAGUAUUAUUUCGCCCGAUUUCACAUCCUGCCAAACGGAGGCAUCAGGCAUUUGACGUCUGAACAGGCGCGGAAGAUUUCGAGCGAAGACACAGAUUACAGCAUACGAGACUUGUACAGAGCUAUCGAGAGGGGCGAUUAUCCAUCUUGGUCUGUCUCUUUGCAAAUAUUAUCUAUGGAAGAUGUGAAGAACGCCGAUAUAGACGUGUUCGAUGUGACCAGAACUUUACCACUGGAUAAAUAUCCCUUGCAUCCCGUCGGUCAGAUGGUGUUAAAUCGUAAUCCGGUAAAUUACUUCGCUGAGGUGGAACAGCUGGCGUUCAGUCCAUCUAACUUGGUGCCUGGAAUAUUAGGUGGGGUUGAUAAAAUAUUUGAGAUGCGCCGCUUGGCGUACAGGGACGCGCAGUACCACCGACUUGGGGCUAAUUUCAAUAAAAUUCGCGUUAACUGUCCGUUCAGAUCGUUAACGUACAAUCGUGAUGGUGAAGCGCCAGUGAAGGAGAACGAAAGGGAUGUGCCGAAUUAUUAUCCGAAUUCAUUCAACGGCCCCGUUCCUUACGUGGAAAAUUCCAAGUUGAUUCAGAUAAUUGAACACGAACCGUAUAAUUUCGAUCAAGCGCGAGAAUUAUAUGAGAAAGAGAUGAGUGCUGGUGAAAGAGAGAGAUUGGUGGAUAACAUUUUGUAUAGCUUGGGCACUGUGACGAAAUUCCUUCAAAAGAGAGCCGUGGAAUUGCUCUCAAUUGUAUCCCACGAUCUUGGAAGUAGAGUUGAACAGGGUCUGUUGUCGAAUGUGACACGUUAUCAUACAGAAUAUAGAAAAUAA